AUGCUAGAUCCUAGGAACGUGCCUGAGAAGGAACUUUCAGAAGAAUCAUGUGAGCUGGAAGCAGCAGCUGUACUUCCUGCCUCCUGCCUUCAACAUCUGGAUAGUAGCAACUGGAAAGAACGCAUAUCUUGCCUGGAGGCAUUUGAGAAGGCCGUAGAGAAGAUGGAGAAGAACCAGGUGCCCUGCCAGGCUCUGGUGAGGCUACUGGACAAAGAACCAGGAUGGAAGGAAACCAAACUCCAGGUAAUGCAGAAGAAGUUGCAGAUUGUCACCCUCAUUGCUCAGAAGGGGAACUUCUCCAAAACCUCUGCUAAGUUUGUCCUAGAAAACCUUGUGGACAAGAUUGGGGAUGUGAUCUGUGGAAACGACACCAAGGAAGCCCUUACUGCAGUGGCGGAGGCGUGUGGACUGCCUUGGAUGGCAGGAAGGGUCACAGAAGCAGCCUUUUCACAAGACAGUCCCAGAACCCAUUCAGAAACCCUCAACUGGCUGGCCAGUGCCAUUCAAGACUUUGGUUUUAAUGGAAUGGAAGCCAAGACCUUCAUCCAUUACAUUAAAUAUGCCUUGGCUGCAGCGCACCCAGACGUGCGGGCUUCUGCUUUCAACCUCCUGGGGGUGAUGUACUUGUAUGUAGGUGCUCCACUGAGGGCUUUCUUUGAGGAUGAAAAACCACUUCUGCUCUCCCAGAUCGAUGCAGAGUUUGAGAAGAUGAAAGGCAAGAGCCUGCCCCCUCCUACUCGAGUCAGGUGCAAGUUCUGCAAGGAUACUGCUAAUGAGCAGCGAGGAGGUGAUGCACAGCUCUGUAGGAGGACCAAUGCAGUUGACCUCAGCAAGAGGUUCUCCACGGUGCUGAUGCUGAAGAUGCAGGACACAAGCUGGAAGGUCCGCAGGGAAGGUUUGGAGGAGCUCUCCAGGAUCCUCAGUGAGGUCAAAUCUAUCCAGCCCAGCAUCGGGGAUCUCCCAGUUGCCUUGAAUAAUUGCUUGCAGGACUCCAAUAAAGCUAUUGUGAAGCAGACCCUCAUGGUCCUUCAGCAGCUCGCCAUGGUCAUGGGACCAGACAUUAAAUACCACAUCAAGACUCUGGGCAUACCUCUCAUUGCCAUUUUCAGAGACAGUAAGAGCAGUGUGAGAGCCCUGGCACUCAAAACCGUGGAAGCCUGGGCUCAGCAGACAGGCAUGAAGGAAUGGCUGGAUGAAGAGGAUCUUUCUGCAGAGCUGAAGAAGGAGGAUAGUCCCCAAAGGCAAGGGAUCCUGGGUUGGCUGGCUGAAAAACUGCCAAGUCCCAGUUCAUCUUCCACUGACCUGGUUCGCUGCCUGCCUCACCUCUAUUCGUCCCUGGAGGACCAUCAUGAGGAAACAUGCAAGGCAGCCCACGAGGCCCUGCCUUUCUUCCUGCUUCAUCUAGGUUUUGAGAAGAUGUCUGAAGCAGCUGGGAAACUGAAACCUGCUUCCAGAGACCAAGUCUUGUUGGUGCUGGAGAACACCAAGUCUGAGUGUCGAGCCAAGCCCACUACACAUCUUGGCAACCAUCCUUCCAAGUUACCAAGGAGCAAGCUCUGGCCCAAGUUGUCUCCUCCCCAACAGUGCAACCCAGCCUCUUUCCUUGCUGAAAAUGUUGGGUCCACUGAGCUCAACCUGGAUGCCAAAAAAGAAAAAUCAGAAAGAACCAUCCCAAAAGUUAAGAGGAUGCCGACUGUGAAGACAAAAAAUGGCAUGAAGGAAGACAGCAGCAAGGUUGGGCCUAUUUUCAUGAUUGUUCCCAAAGCCAAAGAGCAAAGGAUGAAGGAUGAGAAGGCUCUGAGGCUGCUGAGAUGGAACUUCAGCAACCCAAGUAGCAAGUAUGUGGAACAGCUCAAGGCUCAGAUGGGUGGCUACUUGUCUAGCGAGCUGCAAGAGGAGAUGUUCCACUCCAACUUCCAGCAUCACAUCAAAGCUCUGACUAUCAUGGCGAAGCACUUGGAGACGGAGAAGGACGGAGUCAUCAGCUGCCUGGACCUCAUCCUGAAAUGGCUGACUCUGCGGCUCUUUGACACCAACACGUGGGUGCUGAUGAAGAGCUUGGAGUAUCUCAAAAGACUCUUUGAUCUACUAAUUCAGGAGAACUACCAGCUGACAGAGAAUGAGGCCUCCUCCUUCCUGCCCUACCUCCUGCUGAAAAUGGGGGCAACCAAACAGUCCAUCCUCAAAGAGGUGCGGGCAAUAGUGAAGCAGACAAUUCUCAUCUACCCAGUCUCCAAGACUUUCUGUUUCCUCCUAGAGGGGGCCAAGGGCAAAAACUCCAACCAGCGGGUGGGAUGCUUGGAAGAGCUGGGGUGGUUGUUGAAGGAGUAUGGCCUAGAUGUGUGCCAGCCAAACCCAAGUAAAGCUCUAAAGACUAUCGUCAGCUUGGCUGGGGAUUCCAACAAUGCUGUCCACAGUGCUGCCUUGAGGGUCAUUGCGAUGACCAGAGAUGUGUGUGGGUCUGAGGCCUUCAAGGCCAUCGCAGGUGUAUCUGAGAAGCAUAUGAACAUAUUGGAGGACAGUAUAAGAGAGGAAGAAGCAAGGCGAGUCAAAGAAGAUAAAGUGAGCACUCAGGUCUCCAACCUAAGUUUUAGGUCAGGAUCAGUAGAGGGUGGCAAACGAAGCCAUGGAAUCAGCAACCACACAGAGGAAGAAUAUUCAGCUCCCGAUCAGGACAGAACUGAGACAGAGAAUGCUAGCAGCAUGGCUGUGUGCCAGAGUCCCAAAUGGGGUGACAAUGUUCCCAGCACUAUGUGCCCUGAAUCUCAGGCUGGGAGUAACAUCAAUAUGAUUAUCUGCCAUAUAGCUAGUGGCAACAUCAGCUCCAGCACUGAGGCUCUAGCAGAGAUCCAGGAGAUUCUAAAGCAUGAGGACAAGGCAAAAACCAUGUCUGGCCAUAUCAACCAAUUCUUGAUAGCCACGGUCCGACAGCUGACAUUCAUCCGUCGCUUCCAUGUAACAGCAGAGGAGGAGACAGAGAAGGGAAAAGUCAUUGAGCUUUACAGCAGUAUCAUCCGCAGUACAGUCUCCCUCUUCAAGGUGGACAGCCUAGCUGAGGAAACCUCAGCUGGGGUGCUGAAGGACCUCAUGAACAUUCUGAUCACCUUACUGUUGGAAUCUCCAGUUGAAGACCUUCCAGAGGGGCAGGAAGUCACCCAGUCCAUCAAUCUCUUGAUGACCAAGGUGCUGGAGAAAUCUGAUCAGACAAGAAUAUUCAGCUCUUUGCUGGCCCUUCUCUGUGAGAGUUUGAUGGCCUCCAACAGUCUUCUAGCCUUUUCUGAAGUGGUGGCAAAGUGUCUAUGGAAAACUGCCAGGCUCCUUCCUCAGAAUAUUGGUAGUGUCAAGUUGGACCAGAUCUUGCUGGAUGUUCACAUCUUCAUGAAGGCUUUGCCUGAGGAGAAACUGAAGCAGUACCAGAGUCAGAUCCCACUCCGGGCACUGAAGACUCUGCUGCACACCCUCUGCAAGCUGAAGGGUACAGAGAUUUUGGAUCACCUCACGUUGAUACAGGAUGGAGGUGAGUCUGAGUUGAAAGCCUAUCUGUGGAAGAUGGUAAGACACUCUGCAGAGCAGAACAUAGUGGACAGGGAGAAAGAGCAUUCUGGGCCAGUGGAAGACAAAGUCGUCACCACUCUGGCAGACAUUUUCAAGAAGAUCAACUGCAAAGAGACUGCUAGGGCAGGCCUCGAAGAGCUAUAUGAAUACAAGAAAGAAUACCCUGAGGCCGACUUGGAGCCGUUCUUGAAAAAAUGCUCCCUGCUCUUUCGCAGUUAUGUCAAGCAUGGCUUGGCAGUGAUGAAGUCAGAGAGAGAAGGCAAACAGAGCAGAUGA